ACAAAUAUGGACAAAUUAAGGCUAUACAUGGUGACAUGGAAUGUGGACCGACAACCAGAAGAAGAUGUGGAAAAGAUGUUGGGAAUCAAUAAAAUGACUGAUGACUUGUUGUCAGAUUUGUAUGCUAUAGGUCUUCAAGAAGAUAAGUCGCAGCCUCAGAACAUUCUGAUGGAUGUCAUAUUUGAUGAUCCCUGGACCAAUGUUUUCAAAGAUGUAUUAACAAAACGUGACUACAUAAAGGUGAAGACCAUAAGACUCCAAGGAAUUCUUCUAAUUUUGUUUUGUCUUACAAAACAUUUGCUGCGUGUGAGAGAUAUGGAGACACAGUACACAAAAACUGGUUUAGGAGGUAUCUGGGGCAACAAAGGAGCUGUUAGCAUUAGAUUAAAUAUAUAUGGCUGUUCCUUGUGUAUAGUGAACUGUCAUUUAACUCCGCAUGACCCCUACCUGCAAGAAAGGGUUGCUGACUAUAACACAAUAAUUAGGAAACAGAUCUUCAAAAAGAGAGAGACAAGUCACAUACUUUAUCAUGAUUAUGUAUUUUGGAUCGGCGACUUGAAUUUUCGCUUAGAAGAAAAUCCAGCUUUGAGAGCAGAGAAAAUUGACUCACUUGUGAGGAAAGGUGAUCUCAAAACCCUUUUACAGAAAGAUCAACUCCAUCAAGUAAUGAACAGUGGGGAUGCUUUCAGUGAGUUGACAGAAACAUUACCAACAUUCCCUCCCACAUACAAAUUUCAGUUUUACUCUUACUAUCAUUUGAAGAGACGGUCAUCUUGGACAGACAGAAUUUUGUAUAUUGUGAAUGAAAAUGCUUAUGAAAACAUGACACUUGAAGUGGAACAGCUCUCCUAUGAUAGCUUUUCACAAUAUAUUCAGAGUUAUCACAAGCCUGUUAUGGCAGAUUUUCUAGUAAAGGUGUUCAGCGAUCAUGAAGAGAGCUUUGUGACAUUUGAAGAAAUUGGUGUCUGGUGUACGUCACGUGAUAAUCCUGCUACAUACUUAGUUCCUUCUGGUAUAGAACCAGCAUUUUGGGACUGGAUUGGAGUGUAUAAGGAUGGUUUUACAAGCCUCGAUGACUACAUCUCAUACUCAUAUGCUCCAAGACUGACUGUAGAUGUGAGAGCUGAAGAUGGUUUCCAGGUGAAGAAAAUAACAUUCUCAGUCUGCACUCUAAAGACAACAGGUCUUCAUCGUCUUAUAUAUUUUGGAAGCAAUUCAGGAAGUAUUCUAGGAAUGAGCCAAGUGUUUGAAAUCAAGAGUACUGAUUCAAGCCACUUGCAUAAUGGUUUUGAUAAUGAUGAGACCUGA